AUGGAUAAAUUACCAAAAUGUGGAGCAAACUACGUUCCCUUAACUCCCCUCACCUUCUUGAAGAGGGCUGCCAACGUGUACUCCGACCGAAAGUCCAUAAUCUACGGCACCGUCUCUUUCACUUGGCGGCAGACCUACGAGAGAUGCUGCCGCCUUGCCUCCACCCUCAAGUCUCUCAACAUCGCCAAGAAUGAAGUCGUUUCCGUGCUGGCUCCGAACAUCCCGGCCUUAUACGAGAUGCACUUUGCGGUGCCUAUGGCCGGGGCCGUCCUCAAUGCCAUCAACACGAGGCUCGACGCCCGUAGUGUAGCCACCAUCCUCCGCCACUCGGAGACCAAGCUUUUCUUCGUCGAUCACCAAUACAUCCCAGUGGCCCGUGACGCCCUUCGUCUCCUCCCGGCUGGCUCCUCCCCGCCGCUCGUGGCGGUCGUCGACGAUGUCGCUGCCCCGACAGGCGCUCGCCUCGGGCCCCUCGAGUACGAGGACCUCGUCCUCCGCGGCAAUCCAUCCCACGCCCCUGAGAAUGUGGUGUCAGACGAGUGGGACCCGAUCACUCUCAACUACACAUCCGGGACCACGUCGUUCGAGCCCAAGGGCGCUGUUUAUAGCCACCGCGGUGCCUACCUCAGCACUCUGAGUCUGAUCCUCGGGUGGGGGAUGGGGACGGAGCCCGUCUACUUGUGGUCCCUCCCUAUGUUCCAUUGCAACGGUUGGACCUUCACGUGGGGUGUGGCGGCACGCGGCGGCACCAACGUUUGCAUUCGCUCCACCACCGCCAACGACAUACUUGACACCAUCUCCCUCCACAAGGUCACCCACAUGUGUUGCGCCCCCGUCGUCUUCAACAUCCUUCUAGAAGAAAAAAACGUUCGUCGGAUCCCUGCCCUCGUCGAGGUCCUGAUGGGUGGGUCCCCACCCCCAGCCGCCCUACUCGAGCGGGCCGAGGGGCUCGGCUUUCGCGUGACCCACGCGUACGGCCUUACGGAGGCGACUGGCCCUGCCCUGGUCUGCGAGUGGCAGGCUAGGUGGGACCGAUUGGGGGGCGCGGACCGCGCGAGGCUCAAGGCGAGGCAGGGGAUCAGUGUACUGACGGUGGCUGACGUGGACGUGGUCUCGCAGAGUUCCUCAAGGAGCGUGCCGCGGGACGGGAAGACGAUGGGGGAGGUCGUGGUGAGAGGGAGCGGGGUGAUGAAGGGGUACUUGAAAAACGAGGGUGCCACGCGGGCAGCCUUCGGAAGGGGGGACGGGUGGCUGCACACGGGGGAUGUGGGGGUGGUCCACCCGGACGGGUACAUGGAGAUCAAGGACCGAUGUAAGGACGUGAUCAUAUCAGGAGGGGAGAACGUGAGCAGUGUGGAGGUGGAGGCGGCGUUGUACGAGCACCCGGCGGUGGGGGAGGCGGCGGUGGUGGCGAUGCCGCACGCGAGGUGGGGGGAGAGCCCGUGUGCGUUCGUGGUGCUACAGAAGGGAGCGGACGAGGGGGAGAUCGUGCGACACUGUAGGGAGAAGCUGCCGGGGUUCAUGGUGCCGAGGAAGGUGGUGUUUGUGGAGGAGCUACCCAGGACGUCUACUGGGAAGGUACAGAAGUUUCAACUAAGGGCUCUGGCUAGGGACUUGGAUAACGUGUCAAAGUCUGCAUCAUCCGAGAAAAAUCACGAGAUUAUCAAUAUUAGGCCUUCUGUCAUGCCCUCGUUGCCAAUGGAAGAUCUCUACGGUCGUCAAAAUCACGAGGAGCAGAUUUUCGCUAUGUCUCGUAUGUGA